UUGACAUGGAGUCUGUCAUCUAGUCGGUCACGAAGGUAUGGAUGUUCUGAAAAACGCUGAAAAAGGCUAAGGUUAUAUUAAGAAAGUUCAUAUAACCUUUUGAAAAAUAUGUAAAAGGAAUUAGAUACAGCCAAAAUCUACUUAAAGGCUCAUAACCUAAAGGCACAAAAUAUUUAGUUUUUCUUUUUCGCUUUAUAAAAAUUGUAUACAUUUCCGUGAUAACUUGUUCGUAAUCUAAUUUAAAGAUUUUCGGAACUCCCCAUCAAUUGUGGGCUGUAAUGCAUAUCCACUCAAUAGACAGAAAAUUAUUCAGCAAUUGUUUCAAGUUCAUUCAAUUAAGUCGGUCCUCUUUAGCCUGGCUAAGACCUUUUGAGUGUCAUUUUGGGUUUAAAUUUUGAUGAUGAUGGUGGUACACCCUUGUCUGCACGUCGACCAAGUCUCCGUCUCCACUAAGCACUUAAAUUUUAUUUUUAACCGCACUCUUGACACUCGGAGCACUCGUCUCAGUUACAGCCCUCAGAUGCGAAAUCAUAAUUUUACCAAACCGCCCGGUGACGUUGGUCAAUCAUCGUGCUGCGUUUAUGGCAUUGUGGGUGCUCCAUCAUCGCGGCUAUUAUUAUUGUUAGUUUACAGGCAUUAUAUUGUUUUAUUGGGUUUUUUACGCACUCCGGUCACGUCUUCAUCUGUUUGAGACACGUGAUUUAUGGGGCCCAAGUGCUGGGCGACCCGGCCCACUUGACACUGAAGAGUUUUUAUUACCCACCCGGCAAGCGGUGCAGAAACUGUUGAUUUGGUUUAUUUUGAUGCCGUGAUUCGGAUUCGUAUUUGGUAAUUUGUAUUAUUUGAUAUCCGUCUGAGCAGCCACCGUUUGUUGUAUUUUGCUGCCGAGCGUUAAAUCGCCAGCGUUUUUGUAUCAACUCAGAUUUCUGAGCUAGUUGCCUUUGCAAGGUCGUUUAUCAAGUGCGAUUGGGGAGUGUUUGUCCAAGCGAUUAAAAUGUAUAGUAUUAGUAGUGAGUCACUUGAAGUAGUUGGCCUAUAAAUAACUCACGCACUGGCAGCAGUUUAGCUGGGGAAUAAUGCACUUGUGUUACUUGUUUGUUUGAGCCAAUUUUUGCACUAAACGUUGGCAUUGGAAACUAUUUGAGUUUGCUAAUUUGCAAAUCAAGUAUGUAAAAUGUGAAUUUGUUAGCAAACAUUUCAUAUAUUCUGUGUUAAUUAUGAGAAGGUUCUUUUGAGAAUUGUGCAGCACCUAGGCACGGCUAGUCAAAGUCAUAUAGUUUUAUCCAAUUUAAUAAAUAUUCAAUAUAAAACUUGCAGUCUCACUUUCUGCCCAAAGCAAUUAUUUUUUGGAAAUUCCAGUUAAGCGAUUAUCUAUGUAUACCUUUGUAAAGCAGUUAAAAUUUAAUUAGCAAGACUCAUUGUUUCCUGAUCCAUAAUCAAUUAUCAGGUCACCAUUUGAGUAGUUGAGCACUUUGUGGAGUACGUGUUUGAACUCCAUAGAAAUGAAUGAGCCUGGCCAUUUUACACUUGCCGAGUCAUGCCAAAUGAAUAUGCAUAAAAGCUGGGCAAAUAUCAAAUAAAGCAAUGCAAAAUGCAUUAAAGCCGAUAUGCUGGGAUUGUAGCUAUAAAAAAAACACAUGUAUUGUACUCAAGGUCACUGAUUUUACGAUUCACCGAAAUCGCCAAAAAUUAGAUAAAAAAAAUGUAUUGUGAAAGUAACUGCGAAAUCGGGCGAGCUAGACGCCAAAAAUGUGUUCAGUUGCCCAUUAAAGAAACGAUUUGGCUGUUGUUCGUAUGCAAAUGAGUCUGGGUCAAGCGUUUGUAAUCCGCUGAAUGCCAUCUUAAUGAUCAGCAGACCCAUGUAACCAAGACGAUCUUGUAAGGUCGCUAGCGCAGCCGGAAAAGCGUCUCACUGAUUCAAGUCUUGACAUUGAACUUCACCAAUGGCAGUCCAAUGACUCGUACCAUUAUUGUGAUUAUUGUUAUUAUUGUCAUUAUUGUAAUAUAUAUAUAUAUAUAUUCAAAGAUCGAAAACCGUAAACAGCGGAAGCACUUUAAUUCACCUACUUGAUCUUUCGCACCAACGCGCUAAUAAGUCGGCGACAAAUCGCUGAUCAUCGACUUGUCCAGCAUGAUUAGGCUUACGAUCUUUCGAUCAGCGUGGUGCUAAUCAACAUGCAGCAAAUUCCCCAAAAAUAGCUCGUAAAAUGGACAAAAAAUUGGCAAGUUCACCCGAUGAACUUGAAAAUAAAUGGUCCAUCGUGGACCGGCGCUCAAAUGUAUCUUGUAUCUUUCUUUCGUGAUCGCUCGAACGUAGCGCGUUGACCGACUAGCCCGGCAGCUACCUGUGUUGUUAACUGAGUUUUUGAAACUUUUUUUUUAUUUUUUUUUUUUUGAUCUCGCAUAGGCUUCAACGUUGCAGGCCGGGCAGCAACGUUUCAUUUAAGCGCCGGACAUCAGCGGGCGCGCAUGCGCAUUCGUCAUUUGUAAAUUCGUGAAUCGGUGAUUCGAUCCGGAGUAUCUGUGAAUUUUAGUGGCCCAUUUUUAUACAGAGCAUUUCGUAAGUGCAUUCUAUCGCCAUUCAAUUUGCAUGGAUUUUGCAUUGGCAAACGUGUUUAGAAUUUCAUAACAGAAUUUGUGACAAUCUGUGCUGUAACCUGCGUGUAUGUGUGUUUAAAUCUGGUCUACUGACGUAAACUCUAUAGGCAUUUAGCAAGUGGUUUUUAGUGAGAACUUGUCCGACAAAAAAUGUAGCUUUGCGGUUUUUGGCUAAUGAAAUGCAUCUGUGUUGCAGACUUAAGUGCAAAAUAUUGUGCACCUUUGGUUUUAGUUUUCGAUUCUCAAAUAUAAAUAUACCCGUAUAUUGCAUAGUAACUUUUAUUUCUAAAGUUAAGUUUAAAAGUUUCUUGUAGUACAAUAUCACCUUAAUUAGCUUGAUUUUAUUUCGAGAUAUUAUUUGAGCAACGCAACCGCAAUGUGCUAAUCCCUCCUAAUGGUCAACUUAAUUGCUCAUAAACAUAAUUAUAUUUCAAAUCAGAUUUAACAAAUUUCAUGUUAUAGUUAUCAAGAUCUUUAGCCUGUUCGUCUCAGCCAAUUAAGUUCGGCUUAAUGACCCACAUUGAUUGGCAUGGUGUUGAUAGCCAGAACCUUAAUGAAUACAACGCCCUUCGGAAGGCGGGUCUAAAGUGAAACCGGCUUUAAGUAGUUCUGCAAUCGUCGUAACCGAUCGAGUGAAUCCGACCACAAGGUCAUGGCCAAGAUAUAGAACUUAACUGAACAAAGACGUAGCCGUGGAAUCUCAUUAUUUUGGUUUAUUUUAAGCGAUCGAUGAACCAGUUUUCAACUUGGCUACUGUAUCGUCUCAUUCAACUACUUGCCGGCUUUAUUGAGGUUAAUUGAAAUGAUUUAUUAACAUUUGUGCAAUUUUUGUUGGCGCUUCGAAAAUUCCCAAAUUGAGAUAAUUUGCAUAAAAAAACAUUUGGCGCCCACAACUUAAAGUAAUUUAAUUUCAACCUUUUUUGAGGAUUUUUUGAGCAACAUUUUUUUUUUAUGAACAUCCGCGUGCGGUUUAUGGGUCAACGCUUAAAUAUUUGCUGUGUCUUCGCGAUCGAUUUAUUUUGAUUUUAUUUGCAAUGUUUGCUUUGAUUUGGUUUCUUCUUCAUUUUAGUUUUGUUUUGACCACGAACCGGUUGGCUAGCAUUAACUUAAGUUCGCUCCUUUUGCAAAGUCAUUAUUUUUAUUGGCACUUUUGAUUUCGUUGUCUUGUAACCCCAAAACCUGUUGAACUUGAGCUCAAAACACGUUCAGGAUGUAUCGAUGUGCAUUUGGGUAUGAAUAGGGCUCAGAACAUGCAAAAGGAAAAAAGUGAAAUCGUUCUCAAGGUCGCUGCCACUCGCACGGAAAUGCUAAUUCUCUCAGAAUGUUCUUACUUUCUUUUUUCCGAACGCUAAUGAAAAUGUUUCGAGUAGGAAGUUUUGGUUUUUAUUAAAAAAGUCAUAAACAGUGUAGUUAAAUAAAUUAUUUCACAGCAAUGCAAAAAGUUGUUAAAAAACUGCGCUUUUGACAUUUUAACAACAGGCAAGAAAUAACGAUUACUUUUAACAAGGUUGUCACUAAAAUUGGUUUCCCUCAAGAAUAAUACAGAUUACCCACAUGCAAUCGUAAACAAUUUGUUUUUUAGUUUUUAUUUUUAACGGAAUAUUUAACCUUGCAGUUCAAGCCAAGAUGAGAGUCUGUGGAGUGCUGCUUUUUUGCCUGUUGUCUUUUCAAGUCACCAGGUGCCAACUUCUUGUUGACCUGGCUCGUGAUUUCGAGACUUCCCUGCUGAACAAUAGGAUCCCGGACACCACACGAUUCCUGCCGGAAUAUGACUUCAUCAUCGUGGGCGCCGGAAGCGCUGGAUGUGUGAUGGCCAAUCGGCUGAGCGAGAUAUCCUCGGCGAGUGUCCUGCUCCUGGAGGCCGGUGAUCAGGAGACCUUCAUCAGCGACGUUCCGCUGACGGCGGCUCUCACCCAAAUGACUCGGUAUAAUUGGGGCUACAAGGCGGAGCCCACGGAGCACGCCUGUCAAGGAUUAAAGGGCGGCGUUUGCAACUGGCCCAAGGGGCGUGGCGUGGGUGGCACCAGUCUGAUCAACUUUAUGUUAUAUACACGUGGUCAUCGAAGGGAUUAUGAUGAGUGGGCGACGGCCAACAACUCAGGUUGGUCCUACGACGAAUUGCUGCCCUACUUUCGAAAAUCGGAGAGGAUUGGCAUCCCGGAGCUGUAUAAAUCCCCCUAUCAUGGACGCAAUGGCCAGUUGGAUGUGCAGUAUACGGACUACAGGUCGCAACUCUUGAAAGCUUUUCUGAAAUCAGGCAGGGAAAUGGGCUACGAAAUUACGGAUCCAAAUGGAGAGCACCUCAUGGGAUUUGCCAGGUCGCAGGCCACCAUCCGGAAUGGCAGGCGGUGCAGUACGAGCAAGGCUUUCAUACAGCCAGUUGUGCAUCGAAAGAACCUUCAUAUCUCCAUGAAAAGUUGGGUCACGCGACUGAUUAUCGAUCCGAUCACCAAAACUGCCACUGGAGUGGAGUUCGUGAAGCAACGCCAGCGUUACGUCGUGCGGGCCAGAAAAGAGGUGAUUCUCUCAGCUGGCACCAUUGCCAGUCCCCAGCUUCUCAUGUUAUCCGGAAUCGGACCAGCGGAGCACCUUGGGGAGCACAAUAUAACAGUAAUGCAGGAUCUGCCAGUGGGUUACAACUUGCAGGAUCACAUAACACUUAAUGGCCUUGUGUUUGUGGUCAAUGAUUCGACGGUAAACGAUGCUCGACUGCUGAAUCCCUCGGACAUAUUCAGGUACAUCUUCGCUGGACAGGGACCAUAUACCAUUCCAGGGGGAGCUGAGGCUUUUGCUUUUGUGCGAACUCCCAGCUCCAAGUUUGCGAAGGACUAUCCUGAUAUGGAACUGGUAUUAGGAGCCGGAUCCUUAAGUGGAGAUCGCUUUGGCACCAUGCGAAAUUUGCUGGGCAUCACCGACGAGUUUUACGACUACAUGUUUGGAGAUCUGCAAAACAAGGAGACCUUUGGCCUGGUUCCAGUGCUCCUGCGUCCCAAAAGUCGGGGCAGAAUAUCGCUGCGUAGUCGCAAUCCAUUCCACUGGCCCCGAAUGGAGCCCAAUUUCAUGCAGCAUCCCGACGAUGUGAGGGCAAUGAUCGAGGGAAUCGAAAUGAUUCUCAAGCUCUCCAGAUCGAAGCCUAUGGUGAAGAUGGGCACUCGUUUCCAUGACCGCCCAUUUCCGGGCUGUGAGCACCUGAAGUUCGCCAGCGAGGAGUACUGGAAAUGCUGCUUAAGAAGAUAUGGUUCCAGCUUGCAGCAUCAAUCGGGCACCUGCAAAAUGGGUCCUGCAACGGAUAAUACCUCAGUGGUGGAUGCCCAACUGCGGAUCCACGGUAUCCGUGGAUUGCGUGUUGUGGAUGCUUCGGUGUUACCCAAUGUCCCAGCUGGUCACACAAAUGCCAUUGUGAUCAUGGUCGCAGAAAAGGCGGCGGAUAUGAUCAAGGAUGCCUGGCGCAUGCCGAUCACUCCCUUGAGCUCAUAAAUUUAGCAUUAAAAUCGUUAUUUAUUAUUUAGUUGUCGCACAAGCCAUUAGGUUAAGUUCUCAUGUGAUAGUUUAUAAAGUAGCUAAGAUGUUCCCUACUGUCUCAAUGGGUUAUUUUUAAAAAAUAUUUGUUGUAUGCACUUAAAUUUACUAUUUUAUAAGCUAAGAUUUUGAAAAGAUAGGAUUCCUCUUUAAAAUAAUAAAAUUGAAUUUUGUUGACUAUUUGUGGCUGUU